AUGUGCAAGCUCUUCGUCGCCCUCGUCGCCCUCAUCGCCGUCGCCGUCUACGCCAAUCCUCCAACGCCACCAACCUGUGAGUAAAGAAUCACAUUCGAGCACCGGAACUAGUUGCCUUUCAGCCGAGGAGAUGCAGGCGGAGCUCGUCGCCGCCGGGCUUUCGUCGACCGCCGCUGCCGGAGUCGUGGAAAUCGGAGAGAAGUACAAGAGCGAACUUGAGUCCGCCAAGGGAGACAAGGACAGCGCGAAGAGCAUCUUCGAGAAGAUCAAGAGCGACACCGACGCCUACAUCAAGACCCAGUCCUCUUCCGAUCAGACCGCCUAUGCCGCUUUCGUCGAGAAGAAGAAGGCCGAGUUCGAGGCUCACCACACUACCCCAACUCACUAA